AUGCUACGGCCCACAGAGAAUGGCGAGCGGUACGAGCUCACCAGUCCUACGGAAAUGCCCAAAGCUGGUGCAUUUCUUUGGAACCAGCGCAUGAUGAUACAGGUUACUUGCCGUGGAUUUGCGACCGCUCAGUUUAUGCAGCCUGAGCCCGCCAAGUACGCCUACGCACCAAAUCUUGAAGCCAAGACCUUUAUGCAACCGGAGCAGAACUACUACGCUCAUCAUCCAGGCCGCUUCGUCUAUAUCAAAGAUGAGGAAAGCGGCGAGCUUUUUGCGGCACCUUACGAGCCAGUAAGAGCAAAGCCUGAUCGAUUCACUUUUGAUGUUGGCAAAAGCGACAUCAGGUGGACUGUAGAGAAACUUGGCAUUCGCGUUGAGAUGGUCUUUCUUCUUCCUACAGAUCACGUUGCUGAGUUAUGGAGUAUCAAAGUCACAAACAUAUCCGACCGUAAACGGAAGAUUAGUGUCUACCCCUAUUUUCCUUUUGGCUACAUGUCCUGGAUGAACCAAGAAGCAGAGUGGAAUGAGAAGGUUGGAGGCGUUGUCGGAAGCUGCAAGACGCCGUAUCAGAAAGCCGAAGACUACCCCAAAACAAAGUACCUCAAGGACAAGACGUAUUUCCUAUGCGAGACGAAACCAGUGGCCUGGGAAGCCAGACAAGAGUCUUUUGAGGGUGAGGGAGGAUUACAAUCACCGUCAUCGAUAAUGGGUUCGCAGCUUACAAACAGCGAUGCUCGUUACGAGACGCCAACUGCAGCCGUACAGUACCGGCCUGAACUAGACAAGGGCGAGAGCAAAGAUUACAGGUUUCUGUUUGGUCCCGCGUACGACGAAGCCGAGAUCAUCGACAUGCGCAGCAAGUACCUCAGUAAGACGGCCUUUGCCCAAGCCACGAAAGACUACGAAGACUAUAUCCAACGAGGUAGCGGCUGCCUCCGCCUAGAGACCCCGGACAAGAGCCUUGAUAACCUAGUGAACAACUGGUUGCCACGUCAAUUAUACUACCACGGUGAUGUGAACCGUCUUACAACUGAUCCUCAGACCCGAAACUAUCUGCAAGACAAUAUGGGAAUGAGCUUCAUAAAGCCAGAAGUUGCUCGAGCAGCCAUUCUCACUGCAGUCGGCCAACAAGAAAAGAAUGGUUCCAUGCCGGAUGGCAUCCUGCUGGCCAAGGGCGCGGUCCUCAAAUACAUCAACCAAAUCCCCCACACUGACCACUGUGUAUGGCUUCCUAUCGCUCUCGAAAUCUACUUGAGCGAGACGGGAGACUACGAGGUUCUGGAUGAAAAGGUCACAAGCAUGUAUGGCGAUACAUAUACUGUUUUCGAACGUUUCAGCCGCGCUAUGGAUUGGCUUCUCUCUUCCAACGCACGCGAUAACCGUGGCCUAUCAUAUAUCGCGCAAGGUGACUGGUGCGAUCCCAUGAACAUGGUUGGUCCCAAAGGUGUCGGUGUAUCUGGCUGGCUCACUGUAGCUACUGCUUAUGCCGUGAACCUCUGGGCACAAGUCUGUGAGGACGCUGGCAAACCUGACAUGGCAAAGAAGUACCGCACUGGGGCAGAACAGGUGAACAAGUCAGCCAAUGAGCAUCUCUGGGACGGCGACUGGUACGCACGCGGAAUCACUGACGACAAUGUCACGUUUGGCAUCAAGGACGACAAAGAAGGACGUAUCUGGCUGAACCCUCAAGCGUGGUCUAUUCUUGGUGGUGCUGCCUCACAAGAGCAGAUUGCAAAAAUGCUACCACAGAUUGACGAGCAGCUGGCGACACCCUACGGCGUGGUCAUGUUUGGUCCUCCAUUCACUGCCAUGCGCGAAGACGUUGGCCGAGUGACGCAAAAGUAUCCCGGACAGGGCGAGAACGGAUCUGUAUACAACCACGCCGCCGCUUUCUACGCUUGGGCACUCUACACCAUCGGCGAUGUCGACCGUGCAUACACUACAUUACGCGCUAUGAUCCCUGGUCCCGAUGAAGAGGACUUAAUCCGCCGCGGCCAGCUCCCCAUCUUCAUCCCCAACUACUACCGUGGCGGAUACGGAAUCAAGCAUCUGGACCGUACCGCAGGACGCUCAAGUCAGCUUUUCAACACCGGUACUGUCAGCUGGGCAUACAGAUGUUUCAUCGAGGGCCUAUGUGGCCUGCGAGGUGUCAAAGACGGACUAAAGGUUGACCCGAAAAUGCCAAGUGAUUGGGAUGACAUGAAAGUCCGAAGAGAAUUCCGAGGCGCGGUAUUCGACGUAGAAAUCAAGAGAGGAGGUUCAGAAAGCGUCAAAGUGACCGUUGACGGUAGUGGUAUUACUGGAAAUGUCAUCACAAAUGUUGAAAAGGGCCGCACGUACAAGGUACAAGUCGAUGUUCCGAGGGAAAUAGAAUGA